AUGUCGUCUCGGACAGAUUUUAAUCUAGGUGUAUUGACAAUAGAGCACAGGGUCUACACACCUCAUCUCCCGGCCGCCAUCUCCUCUCUUCCGUUGUUGUUGGCGGGAAAGGCAGAUGUUGCCGUGCCGGUGCCGGAGCAAUUCCCCACCGAAACGCCAAAGAGCGAGCAAGUAAACUCACACCAACUGAGGUUUAGCGACUCAGCCCAGCAUGAGCACCUGCACAGUAACAUUCACCCAGACAUAAUGGGCUAUACGCAAGAGCCGCUGCCUUGGACGUUCAGCGGUAGAAGCGUGCAGAGAUACGGUUUGGACGCCCCGUUCCGGCAUCGUGAGGUGAUUCGAACGUGGAUAGAAGAUAUCUUCACCCGGGGAGGGAGUGACAAGCACUUGAGCUUGAACACUACGGUGGAGAGGGCGGAGAAGGUCGACGGGGAGUGGGUGCUGACUCUUCGGAAAGACGGGCAAGAAGACAAGGACUAUUGGUGGCAGGAGAGGUUUGACGGGUUGGUCGUGGCAAGUGGACAUUAUAAUGUCCCUUGGAUUCCAGAGACGGAAGGAUUGAUUGAAUUUGACAAACGCUGGCCGGGGAGAAUCCAGCAUAGCAAACAUUUUAGGAACGGGGAAAAGUACAAGGGAAAAAAAGUGAUUGUUGUGGGUGGGUCAGUUUCCGCUCAUGAAAUCGUGCAUGAAAUCCUUCCUUUUGCCCAAAAGCCCCUCAUUUCUUCCAUCAGAGGAGAUCCGAUCCCAUCGUUUGGCUGGACGCCGUUCAUACACCCUCACAUUGUGAUCAAGAAGCAGAUAUCAAGUCUGUGUCCGACGACAGGGACAGUCUUUUUCACGGACGGAUCCAAAGUCAAGGAUGUGGACCAUAUCAUCUUUGCUACCGGCUACACGUUCAGCUUUCCGUUUCUACCAGUCGUUCAGGAGAGAGUGGAGAAAGCAUACAGGAGACUUCCGGGCGUUUAUCAGCAUACGUUUGAUAUUCUCGACCCAACACUCACAUUUGUUGUUGGAGGAGGGUUUACAUUCAAGGUAUAUGAGUGGCAAGCCGUUGCCGUGGCUCGUCACUUGGCUGGUCGUGCUCAGCCGUUACCACCAGUUGCUGACCAACAACGCUGGGAAGCAAAGAGAGCGGCUGCCAAGAAAGGGGGCAAAGACUAUUACAGCAUUGCUCCGGAUUACAGAGACUUUUUCGAGUUUUUGAGAAAAAUUGCGGGCGAUCCCAAGGAGGGAACAACAGGCCGAAUGCUGCCCGCAUUUUGCGAUGAGUGGCUGACAGUUUGGAAGGGCAUGGUGGCUCACAAACUCAGGGGGUUUGAGAAGGAGAGGGAAAGGGCAGAGGAGGAGGUGAAACAAGAGCCACUUAGGGCUAGAUUGUGA